CGAACCGAAUCUCUACUGUGAGUUUCUAUGUAGCAACUUUUUUACGCCUGACACUAGUUGGCAAUAGCUGUCAUUCAAAAGAUACUGAAAGAUACCGUGUAAAUACAAUGGGACAAUUAUCUGCAUUAAUGCUGGUAUUCCAUACAUGAUUUUAGAAAGUACAGAUCGGAACGUAAUGUGCAGGUUAUGGAACAGCCAGGAACAGCUGAGAGCAGAAUUGGUCGGAAGGGUUGAUUUGCGAGGGAAUUUACCUAAUGAGCACAUACUCGUAUCUCUAUAGACAAUUCAAAUCGUUGUCACGAGAUCCAGCUUGAUUAAAUUGGUCGUUAACAUUUAUAUACUAUUCUAAAUCUAACCUUCAUUGAUUGUGAUUUAAGUGACAUCUCAAAGUUGUACGAAGUUCCCAGUGAUUGAAAUGACUUUGACGACUUAACAUCUGACAUUUAAUUUUGGUGGAUAUCUCUGGAGUACUUGUGGUAUCGAUUGAGUAUCAGUGUGAAGAACUCGGUGCAAUGACACUUUAUCUAGUGUUCGGAAGUUUAACGCUUAACUUUGUAGCAUCAUUAAAAUGAGAGCAAUCAAUCUCUUUAGAAGUAUACAGUAAAUCACCGACGGUUUCCAUACAAUUUUGACAAUGGGACAGACACUAGGUGAACCGGUAACCACGAAAAAAUCAGCAUGUUGUCGCAAUUCCUCCUACCGCGUGGGUAGCUCAUGUAUGCAGGGUUGGCGCAUCAAAAUGGAAGAUUCUCACGUUCACAUUCUAUCUUUGCCUGACGAUCCAGGCACUGCGUUUUUCGCAGUGUACGAUGGCCACGGUGGUGUUGCUAUGGCACAAUACGCGGGGAUGCAUUUGCACGAAUACAUCAUCAAACGACCCGAGUACAAACAGGGCAAUAUCGCCGAAGCGAUUCGACAAGGCUUCCUUGACUUAGACAAAGCUGUGCGGUACGAUCCAUCCAUGAAGGACGAACAGUCUGGCACGACGGUCAUCGCGCUGCUAAUUAAGGACAAUAUUUUAUACAGCGCUAACGCCGGGGACAGUAGAGCAGUGGCGAGUGUCCUGGGAAGAACGGUGAUGCUCAGCGAGGACCACAAGCCGACGUUGGCGAGGGAACGCGAGCGCAUAGAGGCAGCAGGUGGCUGGGUAGAAUUCAACAGAGUCAACGGCCACUUGGCCCUAUCUCGUGCCCUAGGUGAUUUUGUGUUCAAGAUGAACGCAAACAAGCCAGCGGAGGAGCAGAUCGUCACGGCAUACCCGGACGUGCGACAGUUUGACAUAACCGAAGACUGGGAAUUCGCCCUCCUGGCGUGCGAUGGCAUUUGGGACGUGAUGAACAACGAGGACGUGGUGCAAUUCGUGCGCGACCGACUCGCAGGGUCCCUCGAGGCCAGCCCUCUGGUCGACCCCGAGGAGAUCUGCGAGGAGCUGAUGACUCGGUGCCUGGCGCCGGACGCUCUCAUGGGCACGGGAUGCGACAACAUGACGGUCGUCCUGGUCUGCUUCCUCCACGGCAAGUCGUACGUCGAGCUCCUGAAGAGGUGUCGGCAGCCUGCGCCCGACCUCCCUCUGCCUGACUCGCCCGAGACGUCGCGAGGGUGACGGCCCUCGUUCCGGUUUUAUCUUAUUAAAUUACACGUAACUGCGGACGAAACGCCCAUCUCGUCUCUUCCCGUCUUCCCUGUUGGCAAAGAGUCCAGAAGUUCCAAGGAAGCCCAGACCCUAUGUCAGCGCUCGAUGCUCUAAACGUUGGCUAAAAAGCAGGAUUAGGGGUAAAAAAGAGAUCGCAUGUGUUAGCCAACGUUAUCUUACAUACGGGAGGAAGAGAGACGCACAUAGAAAGGCGAAUACUCUGUGUAAGAUAAAGAAAUAAUGCAAUUCGUUAUACAUCGCCGUAAGACUAAGAGAGACGGAGAGAUGAUUACAGCGCCGCCAUCCGUUGGCUAACAUACUAUUUAUCGAGCAUCGAACGUCCGUAUCCUUCUGGGCUUCUAUGGAGACUUCUGAAUUCUUUGCUGUUGAGCACACUGUUAAAAAUCCUUCGAUACUUCGAACGCCUUCGAAUACAAUAGUAUCCUACAAGAAGGAACAGUCAUUCGGAACGGAAAUAGGACAGAUGUGAACAGAGUUUUUAACAAUUGCGGUCUUGUGGAAGUAUUCGAUAUUUGGAACACUUUCGAAUACGAACGUGUCUCGAAACUGAACAAAUGUACACGACACUUGGAGAUAUGUUGAAAAGAACAUCAACUACGCGUGUACUCUACUAUAUUUCCAAAAAAUGUUUUUAACAGUGCACUUUGAGAUGAUAUGAAUUCAUCUAUACCCUUUUUGGUGGUAACGUCAUUUUGAAUACUCAAGUGGUAACAUAAGCUGGCGCGUCACGGUACCGACAUUUAUAUUUAUGUCGAAGUCUUUUACAGUCUACGUUGAGAAUUAUACGAAGUGAAGUAUUCCAUUAUGUCGUUUUGAUAAAGUAAUGAUAAAGAAAUCGAUGUACAACUGUCGAAA